CGCCGGCUCUCGUCCACUUUACAGGCGAGGCGCAGUUCAUCUCGAACGAGCCUAAUAUAUAAAAUAUGUUUACUACGAGGGUCUUUGAAGCGGUCUCACCCAUUAACCAAUCACAAAACAAAGGGAGAUAUCCGUCCAAUCACGCUUUAUCUUUCCGACAUCACUUCCGGUUUAGGUCCAUGCGCUAGCUCUACCUUUCUGAUACAGUCUUUGGUCUCUGCUUACUCGAACUAUACACGUUUUGUUGCAGUUUAAGAGUAUAUUAUCCCAUGGCCAAAGACAAAUCUUUGACAAUCCCGCCUAAAAGGAAGAAGUUGAGUUCAAAUGUCAGCGAGGAAGAAGUGAUGGACACUAAAACAAAAAAGAAAAGGAAAAAGAUGAAAGUAGAGGAGGCUCCAGUACAGAUUCCUCAUGUGACAAUCACAGCAGAUGAUAAAAAACAGAAAAACAAAAACAAAAAGAAACAAAUGACAGAGCAAGCACAGAAGACAAAGCAAAGUGAGAUUUCCAAUCCACGCCAUCGCCCCGAGGGGACACACGAGCUGGAGGGAGAGGAGGACUUAAGUCCCGAAGAGAAGCGUGUCCUGGAGAGGAAGAUGAAGAAGAUCCUGAAAAAGGAAGAGAAGAAGAGGCUUAAAGCUGAGGGAGAGACCUUACCAAAACCUGAGGCAUCUGAACCCAUUGCACCUCAGCAGGCCUUAGAUUACCUCACCUGCUGGGCAGAGAACCGUGCGGAGUGGAAGUUCCAGAAGACCAGGCAGACAUGGUUACUGCAGCACAUGUUUGACCCCCAACAGAUUCCAGAGGGGAAGUUCUCCGUGCUGCUUCAGUACCUGGAGGGGCUCCGUGGAGGAGCCAGAGACAUCACAGUGCAGAAGGCCUUAGUGCAGGUCGAGGAGUCAGGACAAGCACCAGAGGACACAGAUGUCCAGCAGAGGGCGCACAGAGCCAGAGAAGUUAUCCAGCUGCUCUCCUGAAGCCACCACCAUCAAUCAAAAUGAAGCAGGAAAAAGACUGAAACAUGUUUGUUGGUCAGUGGACUGAAUCACCGCUGUGGUCUCAAGCUAGGUUCAAAAUGUGUUGUUUUUUGGACUGGUCCUUAAGGGGUAAGGAUGGGUUUUGAUUAAAUUGCCAGUCUUGCUUACAUUUUUUUAAUAUUUAAAUUUGUCUAGGUUACUUUUAAAAAAAAUUCUCGAGAUUGCUUGUGUGCAUCAUUGUCUGGUAGUAAGGAGUUACCAGAAUCAUUUUCUAAAGUAUGAAAUCUUACAAGUUCAUUUUACACGGUAGCUACUUUUACCAGCUCCAAAUGUAAAUAGUCCAGUUUAGCCAUUAUGGGCAGACAAGGAGAGAUGAAGAUGCAACAGAAUGCUGAGGACUGCUGGAGUUAAAGUGUCAGGAAUGUUUGUAGUCAAGACGUGUUUGUGCGUGUCAAAGCCCCAUAAUCUGUGAAGUCACUUUUCUCAUCCAUUCAAGGUAUAAGCGUGAUUCAGUUUUAGUUCUCCUCUUCUUUCCAGCCCAGAGGUUCACGAUUCAUACAUUUGUGGGAUUAAUGUAGACCUAUUCUUAAACUAAAUCUGUCUAAUCACGUGAGGGUGUUGUUGUUCAUAAUAUUCAUAUAGCCAAGCUUUGUAGUACCUAAAAUUCACAUCUUGUCCAUGCCCACAGCAGAUAUACAGUAAGUACUGUUUAGGAGCAGCUGCCAGUUGUGGCUGCUUGAUCUGACAGAAUGUAGGCCUUCUGCACCAUAAAGAUACGUUUUGACUCUUAUUUCAGGUUAUACACUUUUCAGGGGAAACAACUGAGUCUCUAUAUGUAAGUUAAGGCUGGUGGCGUCACUUCCUGGAUUUAUAAAAAUACCAAGUACACACUAUUCCAGUGACAUAAAUACUACCACAAGCCUAUCUGGUGGUCUGAUUCACAUAAACACCAGUUAUCUCAUAAAAUGCUUUAUGUCCUGUCCAUUAGAAAAUAAAUCCUGUCAUAGAUGUUUUUUCAUAGUGUCUCCCACCUGGUGAAAGGUAUGUAUUUUUUCAGUGCGCCAAUUAAAUACACUACAAAUAUUCACCUGUAAAAGUGUUAAGGAACUUUACAAUUGUAAGAAGUGUUAACCUGCUCAAGACUUAAAUGUUUAAACAAACACAUUCAACUUUUCCCCCUCUCGAAACU